AUGUCGACAUCAGCUACUACCUCAAAUGCGACUUCACCUUCUAACAAUACGGCUGGGGCAGGACAGGAUCAGGAAGCGUUGUUCUCUUUGGAUUUUCUGGCUUUAGCUGGUCUGGAUUCUGGAAUGUCGAAUAAUCACGAUAUCACUUCACCUACAAAUUCAAAUCAGCAGAACCAUCCGAUACAUGGCAAUAGUCAGAGUCAGAAAGAUGUCCCGGAACACAAUCAUUCUCAGUAUCUUCAACAGCAAUUGCACCAAUGGGAAAACAAUCCUGCUGGACCUUCUUCCACCUCGCAGAAUAGUUCAACAACCGUAACUAGAAAUCCAAGUGCAGAUGCUGAAAAUGACAUCAGGAGCAAACAUGGGAUGCGAUCAGAUACAGAGAAUGCAAUGGACCUGGACCAACCUGAUAUAGAUCGUAUGGCACAGCAGGAGGGGUAUAAUCUAGUUGGUGAUAAGCAUGAUUACGACGCUGCUCAGGCUGCUUUGCUUCAACAGCAGCUACAAUCGAUACAUAUGCAGUCUCCUUUAGGCUUCGACAUAAAUAGUCCUCAAUUCCCCCUCGCUCAGAUGUUCCUUGCUUCUCCCGCAUCGCAGGUCACACAGUUACAGCAGUAUAUACAGAAUGAAAAUGGGAAUCAGGAUGGACAGAAGCUGAGACACAGAGGGAGUGUCGAUAAGGCCUGGGCGAAUGGCCUUGGAGGUAUGCCGACUCCCGAACCGAGCGGAGAGUUGAUACCGCAGAAUCGACAGGAAGCCAUGUCUCCUAUCCAUCUGGAGAUGCUUGCCUGUGCUCAAUCGGAAUUUGGAGGCGAUCCCAAUAUGUUACCUCUCCUUUCACCCGCGCUCUCUCAAUCAACAUCCAACUCCUUCAACUCACCUUCCACCCAGAUCGCAUUCAACUCUCAGCCACCUGCUGGCCAGUCUCACUCGAAUGGAGCCAAUCGAUCUCCCUUAGAACAGCUGCAAGAACAACAAAGACAAUUUCAGGAACAGCUCGCCAUGCUUCAACAGCGGCAGUUGGAAAUGCAAGCUACAGCCGCUGCUGUCGUUGCGGCAUCCAAUAGUUCUCCGUUCAUAGGGUCUAAUCCUCCUUCAGCUGGUCCUUCCCGAGGAGUAUCGACUUCAGGCGCAGGGGUGACACCUAACUCGGGCUUCUUCUCACCUCUCACAUCACCCGCUCUCGAAGCUCCCCAUCGAGCAUCACAACAGCAUAUGCAUCGACAGCAUUUCUCUCCCGCAUUCAAUGCUCAACAAUCUCGUACUCCCCAUCCUCUUAGCGCACUUUCCUCGCCAGCCUUGAACCCUGUCGGAUCCAGCGGUGGUGCACAACAAACCCUCUCUCCAGCUCUGGGACCUCAGACCGGUGCCGAUCUGAGCGAUCCUGACUACCUUCGCGCUCUUGUAGGAAUGCUUGACGGUGAUCCCCAUAGUAUCGGUCAACCAGCUCAGCCAAAUUAUCAAUCACCUUCGAUGGGUAGUUCUUCCAGUGCAGGUCAUUCGACAAUAUUGGCUUCACCAGCCUUGAUACCUAUCAACUCAGGUGCCGGACCACAUAGGCAUUCUUUACCGGCCAAAUCUAGACCCAGCCCAAUGUUAAAACCUACCAACCAUCGAUCGCAUCAAAGAGUUCCUUCCGGAACGACGAUGAAUGGAAACGGAACCUACUCAGUACCUACUUCACCUGCCGUACAGAAGUUCCAUCCGAACCCACCACCGAAUAUGAUUAAUAUGGGAUAUCUUCCUCCAUCGGCUAUCGAGCAUCGCAACCUUGCCCCGAGCGGUGCAUCAAUGUCAUCUGCUUCAACCCCUUCUCCAGUCGAUCUAAGCCAUAUGAUGCCUCCCCCACCUGUACCCAACAAUGGAAGUACCAAAAGUAGAAAAGGUGUAGCUCCCAUGACUCCUGCAAGCCUUAUGAAUCUCGCUUCUGCCCCUCACGUCACGAACCACGAUAUCAGUUUGGAUGAGCACACGGGUCAUAGUGCAGUCGCUCCUCCGCCGCCCCCUCCCAAAAGAGGUCCGUCCGGUACUUCCAGUCGAAUUGCGAGGAAGCAGAAUGGCACUAACGGUAAUACCGUUGGAGGAUCAGGAAACAAGAAGUCAGCUGCAAAAUCGAUUCCUGUAGGUGGUGGAAAGAGGGCGUUGGCAAUUCGCCCCCAGAGCGCAGCUUCUUCCAAAGCAGCGGCGAAAGCGCCUCCACCACCUUCAGAACCAGAGAACCGCAAGACAUCUCAUAAAGCCGCUGAGCAGAAACGACGAGAUUCCUUAAAAGCCGGCUUUGACGAAUUGAGAAUGUUAUUACCUCCUAUCAACGUGGAGGCUUUAGAUCCAGAAUCGGGAGAACCUAUACCUGGAUCUUCUGCACCUCGAUUAUUACCCAAGAGUAGCUUGGUACCGGAUGAUAAUCCUAACAGGGGAGUAUCGAAAGUUGCAUUGUUACGAUUCGGAAACGAAUAUAUAGAGAAAUUGAAAGAGAGGGUCGAAAGACGGGAUGAUUAUAUCGAGAGAUUAAGAGAGGAAGUUAGGAGGUUGAGAAUUGCAAGUGACGAUUUGGGAGGAGAGGAUGAAGAAGGGGAAGGGGAUAUAUUGGAAUUUGAUUGGAGAGAAGGUGAAGAAGAUGAAUUUGAUCCUCCACCUAAUCCAUUGGAUGAAGAUAUCUUGUUGGACGAGAAUGGAGAACUUCUUGAAGAAGGGGAUGACGAUGCGAUGAGACAUGGAGACGGAGAGGACGAUGAGAUGCUAGAAGAUAAGAAGAAGAUCAACAAGCAGAUUGGGAAUAGAAGAUCAAAAUCCUUUUCGAUAUCCGGUGGAACCGGUACCAACAACCCGACGAAAAGUCCUGCGCUGAGAGCUAUCAAUUCCAAACGCCCCAGUAUAACAAGAGGGUCUAGUAGUACCGCGACUGUUACCGUUAAGAAGUAA